GAAGUUUUGGGAUUAAAGAAAGCCGUCCGAGGAAAUGCCGCUUAAUCAGUGCUUCAAAUUUAUAUUAACUAUCCCAGAGUUCGAUCCUUUAGCGCCGUCGCAAACAGUAUAUAAGCGCGUGAAGGGCGCCUUUUAAUUCCAUUUCGUGCAGCACUUACAUUCAAUUCACUAUCGUCAUCUAUUGCGCGUCCUCAGCUCCUCCAGGUAAGCAGUGGCUUGUGCAAUCCCCCUGUGACCUUUCUGGCUAUUCGCUCUUUCUGGACACGCCCUUGAUGAUUUUCUGAAUUCAGUGGAACGCAGAAUCCAAGGUCAGAGAGCUCUUAUUUGAUCUUGAAACAGUUGUUGUCUGAAUCCUCUGGAUUUCGAUUAUGUUGCCGUCGAAUUUUCAAGUUUUUAACACACUCGUGCCCACAUACUCAUCUAUGUACUCCGUUAAGGGGCAAAGGAAUAGCCAAAGGAUCAGCAGUGUCAAUUGUUGCUGGUGAAGAACAGUUCCAAUAUUUUCUAGGAGAAGGCUUCAGAUUUUUUUUUUUUUUGGGUGCAAAAAUUAACUUUUAGGGAUGGUUUUAUAUGAAAAUUCAGAUAUCAUUCAGUGGGGUCUUCGCCUUCUUGAUGGCGACCCUAGUUACAGUCCAGAAUACUACGGUGACAUAAUUCAACAUGAUACCAGUAACAUAUAUGAUGGAAACUACUACCAUGGCCAUUAUGAUGCUGAGAGUGAUCAUAUAGAGAAUGAUGAGAUGAUUGCACGGACUCUUCAGGAAGAAUUUUCACAGCUAGAUAUUGCUGAAAGUUCCAGAUAUUCACAGGCAAGUGAGGAGCAUUACCAUACUCCAGAGCUGGCAUAUGGAUGGCAUAACUCUUCAAUGAUGAACCAUCACUCAGAAGACCAUGAUUAUGUCCAGGAAGGAAAUGAUGAUGCAGAACAUUCUAGUUCAUGUUCUAGUCCUUGUGAAGGGGGAGAACACUCAUUAGAGCUGACUGAUCCAUUUACUGACGAAGUGGGAAGGAGAUUGAGUCAAAUGACUCCAAUUCCUCAUGUUCCAAGAAUUAAUGGAGAUAUUCCUUCAAUUGAUGAAGCAACUUCAGAUCAUCAAAGGCUUCUGGAUAGAUUGCAGUUAUAUGACUUUGAAGAGCGCAAGGUACCAGGUGAUGGUAAUUGUCAGUUUCAUGCAUUAUCUGAUCAAUUGUAUGGCACACAUGAGCACCACGAAUUUGUGAGACGACUAGCAGUAGACCAGCUUAAGUCUCAUCGGGAGAUUUAUGAGGGAUAUGUUCCCAUGGAAUAUGGCGACUAUUUGGUGAAGAUGUCCAAGAGUGGUGAAUGGGGUGAUCAUGUCACUCUACAAGCAGUUGCAGAUACGUACGCUGUGAAAAUAUUCCUGAUCACUUCAUUCAAGGAUACCUGUUGCAUAGAGAUAGUUCCUCAUUUUGAGAAGCCGAAAAGAGUUAUUUUCCUGAGCUUUUGGGCAGAGGUGCAUUACAAUUCCAUCUAUCCUCAAGGAGAUUCAGGUAUGCCUUCAAGCGAGUCAAGGAGGAAGAAAAGGUGGUGGAACUUUGGGAACAAGCAUUAGACUGAGUCUCUGACCCUGCCAAGAAAGCGCGCCUGAAUUUGUGCAUGUUUCCUUGGGUCAGAACUGACGGACUACUCUCAAAUCUCGACCGCCCAAUUUAUUAGUUUAUUACUUUGCACAUUUCAAUAGAUUUUUCUUUCUGUAACCAUAAAUCUGGUCAUGCUUAAAUAGUCACAUCCAAAGUGAAUUUCGGGUGCUAUACAGUAGGCCAGUUAUAUAUA